AAUGUAGCUCAAAAUCCAAACAUCCCAUCAUUGCUGCCUCCUUUCCUCUUUUAAUUUUCCAUCUUUAUUACACACCAAAUCUUUCAUCCCAAAUAAAUCUAGAUCAAUACUCUCUACAAAAAAAAAAAAAAAAAAUGGCAGCAACGCCGGAGCCGCUGCAGCGGAUCAACGCCGUGGAUUUCCGAGCUCCUCCGCCCUCUCCGGUGGCGCCGGGAAGGCAGUCGCCCUUCGCAAACGACGACGUUUUGACCGAAUACCUACAGCAGUCUCUCAGAGUCCCCGACCUGGUUCUUCCGGACCGGGCUUUCCCCCGCCAGAAAUCGGCCCAAAACCCGCCAAGACUCGAUUUUGAGAAGCUGGGCUCGAUUGAAACCGAAAUGGGAUUCAGAAUCUGUGAUCUGAUCGCGCAGAUUGGGUGUUUGGAAGUGAUCAACCAUGGGAUUUCGCCGGAUUUGAUGGGGCUGGUCUUGUUUCUGGCCGGCGGGAUGUUUCAGAUUCCGCCGGAGAGGAAGAAGAAGGCGGCGAGGUCGCCGGAGAGGCGAUACGGGUUCGAGGAGAUCCACGGCGAGGAGGAGAUGAGAGAUCAGGGUGAAGAAUUUUUGUGGUGCGAUGAAGAAGCUAUGAAACUGGAAAUGGAGGGAAUUUGGCCGUUUGGAUUUUCAAAUUUUAGCCAAGAAAUGAGGAAGCUAUCGAAGCAAAUGGAAGAAGUGGGUAGAAGAGUUAUGCUUUUUCUGCAGCAACAUAGUUCGAAGAAGUUAUUGCCGGAAAAUGGGUGGCCGGAAGAGCAAGAACUCGCCGGAAAAGUAUGCUAUAUACAGAAACAUGGCCAGAAAAUGGGCGGCGAGCAAUCGGAGAAUUCAUUGAGAUAUGAUGUGAUAAGAAUGCUGAUAAAGGGCUCUGAAUUUUCUCAUGCUUUGAGUUUGCAUGUGUGGAGUGGAACUACUGAUUUCCAUGUUUACUCCAAGAAAGGUUGGGUUUCAUUUUCUCCGGCUAGAAAUUCGAUCGUCGUCACCGUUGGAGAUAAAUUGCAGGGGUGGAGUGGAGGACAAUACAAGCAUGUUAUAGGAAGGCCAUUCUUCAAAGGUGAAAAUGAAAAGUCCAAUAUUUCAAUGGCAUUUCUAUAUUCACCUCCAAAAUUCAUAAACUCAAUCAAAGAGGAUGAGGAUUUUACCAUUUCUAUCUCCCAACAAUUCAUUUUGUGUGUAUUACUAAUUCUUAUUUACCGAUUUUUAAUUUCUAUUUAUCACCUUUUUAUAUAGAAAUUCAAAUACUAAUGGGCCCCUGAGUCCAUAAAGAGUGGGCCAUUUUUAAA